GGCAGGCCGAUUGAAAUUAAUGGAAGUAUUCAUAAGUUAUUAACUCGGAAAAAAAUACUUACAAUUCCAAAUACUCACGAUAAAAUGUCAGGAGUUCAAAGAGUUCGUUUGAAUAACCUAAAUAUAAACUUACAGAAUGCCUUAAUUGUAGGAAUCAUUAUUGCUAAAAAACAGCCGCGUACAGUAGGAUCCAAGAAGAAAAAUGGAGAUUCUAGAGGAGUUACGUCUUUUACUAUGCGAGAUUCGGAAGUGGAUACCAUUAAUGUCGACGUCUGGGGCUCUGAAUAUUUCGCCAUUACUUUUUAUGAAAGAUUUCUUGUUGGCGACGUGGUCGAAAUUUCACAACCGAAGAUUUGCGUCAAAAGCGGCAAUGAUGCGUAUAGGCCACUAGUAUCUUCCCCAUUCGACCUUGUCCUGAACGAGGGGACGUCCGACGUGUGCAUCCACACUGGAGACUCGUUUGCGUCGUUCCUCCCGCUCCUGCACAUACCGUCCAAACCGUCGUCCGGUUAUUACGGACUAGGUGAAGUGCUGAAACUGCCAGAAGGGGACAAUGUGUACGUCGACUUGCUGGUCGUAGUAAAGUCUGUGAAGCCCGUGAAAAGCAUCAAGACCAAAGCGGGCUUGGACAUGACAUUGCGGAACGUGGAGAUUAUCGACAACACCACGCCCGCCUCCAUCGAGCUUGCUAUGUUCGAUAUCGACACUAUACAAAGGGCCGAAGACUGGCGCCCGCUUGAAAGCGUGCUGUUCAUAUCGGACGCACGCGUGUCGUGGCGCGGCCGCGUGGGCGUGCAGGUCUCUAUGCGGUCUGUGAUCACCCAUCAACCACACAGCGCCGAUGCCGAGGCGCUGCUGCUGUAUGUCAGGAACCAGGCUAAUACACGUGGCGGCGAGGCGGCGGCCUGGGCGGCGUGGAGCGGCGAGCGCGCGGCGGCGGCGUCGACGGCGCAGGUGCGCGACCGCGUCGCCGCGCAAGCGCCGUUCUGCGCCUCGCUGCACGCGCUCUGCACACACUUGGACCUAGACGACCUCAUCACGGACCCAAACGCCGAAGAAUUGAGAGUGCGCUUCGCGGAUCAUACGGGAGAGUUAAAUGUUCGCCUUCCCGUGAAUAUAUUGGAAGAAGUCCUUGGCUAUUCGGCAGCUCACUUGAAGGCGAUGUCAGCUGACGAACGGGCGACAAUUCGUUGGAAAAUUCUCUUGGAGCAAUGCAACGUGAAGCUGGCCGGGUCCCCUCCAAGACUGCUUGUUUUAACUCUGAGGCGCGCCUCUCAAGCUGAUCCAAUCCCUCUCUACUAGUUUAU